AUGUACUGCUGGGUGCACGAGGAGGUGACUCUGGGCGGUGCGCUUGACGUGUACGACGUUGAUAGCGAGUUUGACUGGAAAAGUGUCAUGUCGAAGGACUCUGGCGGGUCUGACCCGUUUGCCGACCCGGACGGCGAGGAGUUAUGGGAGUCGCAUUGCGCAGUGAACAGAAAAAUGGACAGAUGGGCAGGUCGGUCGUGUGUUGCGCUGUUUGGCCAGAUGUGUUUGGGAGUCGUUGUUGGGGUUGCGGUGCGUCAUUCUUUGACAGAUUAG